CCCAAACAACCCAAAAUGCCAACCCCCCACCCCCACCGCUCGACACCGACGACCUACACCCUAAACUUCACCGGCGACGUCAUGCUCGCCCGCCUCAUCGACCAACUCUUCCCAACACACCUCGCCUCCCCACACUACGCCAACACAAUUAAAACAUUCAUAGAACGCUACCCCUACCUCUCAGCCUACAACCACAAGUCUCCAUGGGGCAGCGCGCUAACAUUGUUCCGGCGGGGGGAUCUGAAUCUGGUGAAUUUGGAGACGGCGGUUACGGAGAGUACGGAUAAGUGGGCUGGGAAGGUGUUUAAUUAUCGUAUGCAUCCGGGGAAUUUGGGGGUGUUGGGAGAGGGGAGAGUUGAUUUUGUUAGUUUGGCGAAUAAUCAUACAGUGGAUUUUGGCGAGAAGGGGCUUAGGGAUACGAUUCGGGGAGUUAGGGGGGUUGGUGUGCAGUUUGCGGGCGUGGGGGAUAAUGCGGUUGAGGCGAGGUUGCCGGCUAUACUUGACCUUCCGAGGAGGUCAGAUUCUGAAGGUGAUCAGGUGAAGCACAAGGUACACGUAUAUUCAGCCUCUGAUCACCCCAGAGACUGGUCCGUCAUCCCUGAGUUCCACCUCAUCGAUUACACACCCUCCACAAAACACCAUCUGAAGACCCUCCUCACCACUCCCUGUCACUCCCAAUCCAAAGCAGACGAAUCAAGUCUGAAAAUCUUCUCCAUCCACUGGGGUCCGAAUUACACGUGGCAACCGUCCGAACAGAUCCGUGACAUGGCACAUUUUCUCAUUGACGAGUGCGGCGUUGAUAUCGUGCAUGGACACUCUGCACAUCAUAUCCAGGGCGUUGAGAGGUAUAAGGGAGCGGUGAUCAUGUAUGGAUGUGGGGAUUUCGUGGAUGAUUAUGCGUUGAAUGAGGAGUUCCGGAAUGAUCUGGGGGGUGUUUGGAGGGUUGUCGUCAGUACUGAUAAUGGUGAUGGCGGUGGUCGAGGAGAAGGGAAAAGGCUGAUGUUGGAUAAGUUGGAGAUUUUUCCGACAAGAUGUGAUCGGUUCCAGGUUACAUUGUUGGAUGUGGAUGAUGAGGACCAUGAAUGGGUUCAGAGGAAGAUCAUGAAGUUGAGUGAGAAGAUGGGAACUAGGGUUAGGCGGGAACUUGGGAGGGAGGGACAGGUUGUUGUUGAUUUGAGGGAUUAGGCAUUGUUGCUUGUACUAAUGUAGUAUAUCACUGAUAGCAUGUUAUUGAGCUUUUUUAUUCGAGCA